UUUCUUAGGAAAAACCUAGAGAGAGCUAACAGCCUCCUGCAAAGAAUCUUGAAUUCCUGGCUGGAACCCAAACGAUAAACAAUAGUGGCAGAAGCAGCAUGUAGAGAAAGAAAUUGUCAGUGCAAAUGGACAAAAACGUGUUAUUCUUGUUGAGCUAUACGGCUAAAUUGCAAGUUGUAAAUUCAUUCCAUUUUCUUUGGCCUUAAAGAGGUGCUUUUAAAAGAGCCCAGAGACCGACCUUCCUCUGAUGAUCAUGCCCUGUCUGCAGGCCUUCUGUUAGCCUCCUGGCUUAGUCUCCAGCGGCACCGGUAGUGCCGACCUCUGAAGACCCCAAGGGUUUCGGUGCAGCGUUGGAUUUAUUCGGCUGGACCCCCGAAUGUAUACCCCAAGUGGCUCAGUGUUGCCAGGUGGCCGGAGGCGAAGAGGCCAAGAUGGGAGUGCCUUGCCCAAGCAGCCCGAAAGGAGCCUGGCGUCUGCCUUGCCCGGGGCGCUCUCCAUAACCGCUCUGUGCACCGCCUUGGCAGAGCCCGCCUGGCUACGGAUACAUGGGGGCACUUGUUCUCGCCAGGAACUGGGUGUGGCGGAUGUGCUGGGAUACAUUGACCCGGAUCUACUUAAAGACUACUGCAUGAAUCCACAGACGGUGCUGCUGCUUCGGGUGAUCGCUGCUUUCUGCUUCUUGGGAAUCAUCUGUAGCCUUUCCGCGUUCCUUCUCGACGUCUUCGGCCCCAAACACGCUGCACUGAAGAUUACCCGCCGUUACGCGUUUGCUCACAUUCUCACAGUGCUGCAGUGCGCCACGGUGAUCGGGUUUUGCUACUGGGCGUCGGAGCUGAUUCUAGCCCAGCAGCAGCAGCACAAGAAGUACCACGGCUCGCAGGUCUACGUUACGUUUGCCAUCAGUUUUUACCUGGUGGCCGGAGCCGGCGGGGCAUCCAUCCUGGCCACGGCCGCCAACCUGCUGCGCCACUACCCCACUGAAGAAGAGGAGCAGGCCUUGGAGCUUCUGUCCGAGAUGGAGGAGAACGAACCUUACCCCGCGGAGUACGAAGGAAUCAACCAGUUCCAGCCGCCGCCGGCUUACACGCCAUAACGCUUCCCCGGACGAUGGCUGGGGCAAGGAGGGGGGGGCGGGGCUUUCUUCCAGCCCCUCCCAGAACGUCAACCCGCACACAACUGCUUGGGAAGGCAUUCCCUUCUCUUCCUGGGACCUCCUCUUGUAGGUGUUUCUUCCUUUCCUCCCCGCCCCCCCAAUCCCCCCGUGGAUCUGCUCCCUUUUUACCGUUUCCUGUCUGGGGAGAAGACCAGGAGCCCGAGCUGAAGACUUGCUCAUGCAGCGACCUCUGAAGCGGUCGGAUUCCGAAGCAAUGGGGUGACCUUUGGGAGCGGGGUUUGAACCUCAGGCAUUCGGGGGGGUGGGGGGGGGGGCAAGAACUGCCCGACGUUUUCGAGCGGCAGAGCGGGUUGAGGCUCCAGAGC